CUCACCUACUGAUCUUUUCACAUUAUUACUGCAACUAAGCGUUGUCUCAAAGAAGAGAAGAGACGAGAAGAGAGAGAAAGUAAGAGAGAGAGAGAGAGAGAGAGAGAGAGAAUAUGGAAGGCAAUUCCAAGAAGAGCAGUACGAAGGGAAAAAAGGAUGACCUUUAUCAUGUUAUUCACAAGGUCCCUUCUGGUGAUACUCCUUAUGUUAGAGCCAAGCAUGCCCAGCUAGUUGACAAGGAUCCAGAAACGGCACUAGUAUUGUUUUGGGCGGCCAUAAACGCUGGAGACAGAGUGGACAGUGCACUCAAGGACAUGGCAGUGGUGAUGAAACAGCUCAACAGAACCGAAGAAGCCAUUGAAGCAGUCAAGUCAUUUAGACGCCUAUGCUCUAAACAAGCCCAGGAUUCACUUGAUAAUGUCCUCAUUGAUUUAUACAAGAAAUGUGGAAAGAUUGACGAGCAGAUUGAUUUGCUAAAACGGAAGCUGAGAGCAAUAUACCAAGGAGAAGCCUUCCAUGGAAGACCUACCAAGACUGCCCGUUCGCAUGGCAAGAAGUUCCAGGUUUCUGUCAAGCAAGAAACGUCAAGAUUGUUGGGAAAUUUGGGCUGGUCGUAUAUGCAGAAGUCCAACUUUAUGAUGGCGGAGGUAGUGUAUCGGAAAGCCCAGAUGAUUGAUCCAGACGCUAACAAGGGCUGUAACUUGGGCCUAUGCUUGAUCAAACAAGGUCGGUACGCUGAUGCGAACUCCGUUCUUGAUGAUAUCCUGCAAGGAAGAAUUCCCGGUUCUGAUGAGUACAAGGCCCAGAAAAGGGCCCAUGAAUUGAAACAGGAGCUUCAGUCCAGAAAUUUCCUCCCAGAAUCGCUAGACCUAUUGGGCCUGGAUGAUGAUUUCAUCAACGGGCUUGAGCAGUUGAUGAAUGAACGAGGCCCAUUUAGGUCUAAGAGACUUCCCAUCUUUGAAGAGAUCACUCCAUUUAGAGAUCAAUUGGCGUGUUAAAUAUUUUCCAUCAAAAAAAAAAGGAAAGAGAAAAAAGAGAAAAAGGUGUUGGCGUGUUAAUAUAUUUUAAGUGCUGUGGUGGAAUGUGUUGUCCAUAGGGUGUGUUAGGUUAUGAUUGAUGUAGUGAAGAUAAAUUAGAAUAAGCCCACUUGUAAAUGGAGGACAAGUGAAAGGAGUCUUGUAAAAACGUUGUAUUGUCAAGCUCAAAACGUUCACUUAGGUUAGUAAUAAGCAAGUAGAUGAGGUACCAACAUGCUAUUGGUCCCAUUCAAAAACCCCCUUU